AGCAGGAGAGUGUGCAAAGCUCACCACCGGGAGGAUUACAAAGUUUACCGCCAUUAUUCCCACUCCUGUCUCUUCUGUCAGUCCAUACUCGUGUCAUUUAUCUUCACCAUGAAGGAAAGAAGACUCACGCAGGCUUUUGUAGCGAGGUGCAAACUAGUGCUGGUCGGGGACGUCCAAUGCGGUAAAACAGCGAUGUUACAAGUGUUGGCCAAAGACUGCUAUCCAGAGACUUAUGUCCCUACUGUGUUUGAGAACUACACAGCCUGUCUGGAGCUUGAAGACCAGCGUGUUGAGCUCAGCCUUUGGGACACAUCAGGUUCUCCAUACUACGACAACGUCAGGCCUCUCUGUUACAGCGACUCAGACGCAGUGCUCUUAUGCUUUGACAUCAGUCGACCAGACAUAGUAGACAGCGCGCUGAAGAAGUGGAAAGCAGAGAUCCAGGACUUCUGUCCCAGCACACGGAUCCUCUUAAUAGGCUGCAAGACAGACCUGCGCACAGAUGUGUGCACACGCAUGGAGCUGUCCAAUCAGAAACAGACGCCCAUCUCCCAUGAACAGGGCUCUUCCUUGGCCAAGCAGCUUGGAGCUGAGGCUUACCUGGAGUGCUCCGCCUUCACGUCGGAGAAGAGCAUCCACAGUGUUUUCCGCGCGGCAGCUCUUGCCUGCAUGAACAAACUGCAACCUGCCAAUAAACCCAGCCCAGUCCGCCGCCUCUCCAAGAGACUCCUACACCUGCCCAGCAAGACAGAGCUCCUCUCCUCCACCUUCAACAAGGACAAGUCCAAAAGCUGCAUCAUCAUGUGAAUCCUGUUAGUGGGAAGACGAGAUAGCAAGGACAAGCAAACUAAAGAUGGCCAGCAGGGGUGCAGGGUGUGCAAGGGAAAGAGAGCGAUGAUGUGGAUUUGUACAAUGCCCCUCUCUCUCCUUUGCAGCAUCCUCCCCAAACUCGGCCACUUCAAAAAGACCGCUACACUCUUUAUUCAACUCUGACACUGAACUUUUGAUCCUGUCACUAGCGCACAGUGCAGAGACAGAGUGAUAAUGAUGUUUAAUAUAUUCCUGAGUAAUUAACUGGCAUUUUAUAUGUAGAACAAUCCUGCACGUGUACAAACAGAGCAUAGCAGGCACUUUAAGACUCCUCACGUUGAAAGGUUGCUGUGAGAGUGUCUGCUCAAAUAAGGUCAGUGCCUCCUCUUUUCCAUUGGGGAAGUGGUUGUAAACCCUGCGUUUGACUGCAUUACCUUGAUGAGACCCAUUUGAAAUUCUGAUAGCGUCGCCCUUUCCCGUCCAUCUCUUUAUCCGAAUGUCUCUUAAGGUCACAGUACGAGCUGAGUGACGAGAUGAAAUGUACAAUUUGACAGCGACAGGAAGUGGUAUCUACAGAAAUUUGGCUCGGGGAAUUUAAAACAGUGGCCAUUGAAGAAAUUACCCCCCCACCUCCCCCCUCCUCCUCCUUGGCUGAACCCCCUCGCAGUAUUUUGUUUGGAAAUUAAAGCUGACAGUGGAGAAAGCGGUUAGAGAGGGGAGCAGUUUGGCAAGAGGAGUGUCCAUUUGCAAAGGCAGUGGGAGGACAAUCUGAGAGCACAUCUCAAGGAGAAGGAGCGCAAUGUGGCUCAGCACUCACAUGAACCUAACAGUCUACAAAUACAAACACACAAAAACCUGCGCCAUGUAAAGACUGAUUUUUGUCAGAUGCUCUUCCAUUACCCAUCAUCAAAAACUGUUAUUAACCAUAAGCCUUGAUUUUAGUGGUGUUACAUUAAUGGUGUAUCAUCUCACUUUCCCCCUGCUACCUUAAGAGCUGCUUUACAUUGGAUACCAUUUUUUAAUACACGUUCCAGCUAAGAAACAAAAAACAAAAAUCAUUCUUUCUUGGUUUAUAAAAAACAAAACAAAGAUUGGUUUUUUUUUUUUUUUUUACACAUGCUAGCCUGGAUGGAUUUAUUUUAACAUACCAAAAAUAGUCUUAUAAUAUUUGUUUAUGAGUCUUCUUCCUCAUGGAUACGAUAAGAGAAACAGUCCUAAGCUUUCAACUUUGGACUAUCACUGAGUUAAGCUGAAUUUUUCAGUCUUAACUGUUAUCCAUGACGCCCUUGCUGCCAUUUCCAGCCUUGAUCGCUACGUUAACACUACAUAAAACGUCCCUGAGCUGAUG